AUGCGAACCUUACUGCUCGUCGCAGUGGUCGGUACCGCUCAAGCGUUCCUCUUUGGAGGCGGAGGAGGAGGAGGUUGCGGAGGAGGAUGCGCUGCUCCCGCUCCCGCUCCAUGUGCAUCUUCAUCUUGUGGAGGAGGAUCGUAUGGAGGAUCAUCGUAUGGAGGAUCGUCCUAUGGCGGAGGAUCAUCGUGUGGAGGAUCUUCUUGUGGAGGAGGAUCAUCGUGUGGAGGAUCAUCUUGUGGAGGAGGAUCAUAUGGAGGCGGAUCAUCAUGUGGAGGAGGAUCAUCAUGCGGCGGAGGAGGAUCGUAUGGAGGAGGAGGUGGAGGAUACGCUUCAGCACCAUCUGGAGGAGGAUACGCACAAGCUCCAUCUGGAGGCGGCGGUGGAUACGCUCAAGCUCCAUCAUACCCACCGCCUCCACCCCCACCCCCACCACCACCACCACCCUCAUACGGAGGCGGUGGCGGCUACGCUGGAGGCGGCGGUGGCGGAUACUCAGGAGGCGGUGGUGGUGGAUACGCUGGCGGCGGCGGUGGCGGAGGAUCAUACGCUGGAGGCGGCGGCGGCGGAUACUCUGGAGGCGGCGGUGGCGGAGGAUCGUACGCUGGAGGCGGCGGCGGUGGCGGAUACGCUGGAGGCGGUGGCGGCGGAGGAUCGUACGCUGGAGGCGGCGGCGGUGGCGGAUACUCUGGAGGCGGCGGUGGCGGAGGAUCAUACGCUGGAGGCGGCGGUGGCGGAGGAUCAUACGCUGGAGGCGGUGGCGGCGGCGGCGGCGGAUACUCUGGAGGCGGAGGCGGCGGCGGAUAUUCUGGAGGCGGCGGAGGUGGAGGAUCAUACGCUGGAGGCGGCAGCAAAGGAGGAUCAUAUGGUGGCGGUGGAAGCAGCGGUGGCGGAUACUCUGGCGGCGGCGGAGGCGGAUACUCUGGAGGAGGCGGUGGUGGAGGAUCUUAUUCCGGCGGAGGCGGAACUGGAGGUGGAUCAUAUUCCGGAGGUGGCGGCACUGGCGGAGGAUCCUACUCCGGCGGAGGAGGAGGCGGCGGCGGCGGCGGAGGUGGUUACUCUGGUGGAGGAGCUGCGCUUCCCCCACCACCUCCACCCCCUGUCAAUCCUGGACCUGGUCCCGCUCCUGGAUACAGUGACACCGGAGCUGCCUCAGCUCCUGCUGAGGUCGCUCCAGCACCAGCCGAAUCGGUCGAUGUGUCCGCGGCAACCAGUCCAGUCGGAGGACAAGCACCGUACUCUGAAGGCAGACGAAGGGCUUAUAGACGACACAUCUGA